ACUGGAAUCCUCAAGGCAGACUGCCUUCAACCGAGAAUACGCCUAACGAGCCAUUGCAUCAGAAAGACCAUCGCUACGCAUCACCAAUAUAAUCGGAUCUCAGCAAUCAUGAUACACAACUCUAUUCUUGCGUAUAGGCUGCGACUUGACGAUGUACGGACAUGGCUUCGAAACAAAUUCAACGAUCAGACGAUUGUCGUUGAGAAAUCAGGUGAAGAGUUUGUGUUUUAUCUACCUCGAGCAUUAAAUUCUGCGGAAAAGGAAGAGAUUCUCGAUCUACAGAAGUGAUUCGGAUAAAAUAGGUCGCAUUUGCAUUUUUUUCACAUAUAUUUACAUUUAACUUCUGCUCAUGUUUCA